AUGUCUCACUCGCCUGAUCUCUCCGCCUCUCCUCGCUUCCAGGCCCCUCGUCCCAAGACGUAUCCCCAAUUCAUCCUGUUCGGAGACAGCAUCACCCAAGCCGCCAGCCAUGUCUUGGGCUCAUCUUUGGCGGAGUGGUAUAUGAGACGCGUGGAUGUCCUCAACCGGGGCUUCAGUGGUUAUACUGCCCCUGCCGGCUACGACAAUCUCCUGCAAUUCUUCCCGGCCGCUCCUCCGUCGUCCAGCAUCCCUCGAAUUCAGCUGAUGACCGUGUUCUUCGGCGCGAAUGAUGCCUGCCUUCCCGGGAGGCCACAGCACGUCCCGAUCGAGGAAUACAAGCAACAUUUGACAAAUAUCGUCACUUACGAAGGGAUUCAAUUACAUGAUACUAAAAUCAUUCUUAUCGUGCCAGCUCCAGUUGAUGAGUGGCAGAUGGCACCCGGCGAAAGAACCGCUGUAGCCACAGCCAAGUAUGCCACCGCCUGCCGAGAGGUAGGGCAAGCCCUUGGGCUUCCCAUACUUGAUCUGUGGACGAUCUUCAUGCUCAAAGCGGGCUGGACGGAGGGCUCAACAGAUCCGUUGAUCGGGAGCAAGUCUGCGCCUAAGAACAAGGUCUUUGAGGAGUUGUUAUCUGACGGGUUACACUUCACGCCUGCUGCAUACCGACUGGUCUUUGAUGCGCUGGUCAACGUCAUUCGAGAGAAGCUGCCAGAUGAUAUUCCAGAAAGACUACCAUCUGUAUUCCCCGACUGGAGGGCAAAGUUGGGCGUGGACAGUCGAGGAUGA